GCCAUAUCAUGUCCGACGCAAUAGAAUACAUUAAUGAUGUCGCAAAUAUAAUGCUGGGUGUCAUCAUGAUCGUUCGGUUAUAUGCCAUGUACCAGAGAUCCAGACGUAUGCUGAUAUUUCUCGUCGUCGUCUUCCUGGCUAUAAGAAUCGCCAUCGGAGUGAUGAUCGCAAUAAUGGUGAGCCAUUUUGUAGCCGAGGAACGCGGCCCCAGGGGAAGUGUCCUACGAGUUUUGGACUACACCACUUGGAUACUCCUCACUGCAUGGGAGGUCCUCACACUUUGCCUCGCAGUCUGGAUAGCUCUAAAACACUUCCGUGAAAAGCGGCAACAAUCAUCAGAAGGAAUAAUCAUGGACUGUUUCGCGGUUUUGAUGAAAACUCACGUCACUUACUUUGCGAGUUUUGUCGCUCUUACUUGCAUCGAGCUCAUCGGUUAUCUUUCUCCGAAGAUCUCAGUGUCCCCAUCUUCCACGAAGACUCAAACUUAUAGUGGUUUCUCUGAAAUAUUUAUGCUCACGCAGAUGUUUGUACUGGGACCACGCCUAAUCCUAAGCAUUCGAGAAUAUCAUGCUAGGCUUGUGGCACAAUCCGACGCAGCAACUGCUGUGACUUCAAUCAAUUUCCAGGAGAGCGUCAGUGUCAACUAGCAGUACUAUGUGAAACGGGAGAAAGAUUCUCGAUAUGAAUUCGGUUCAUGUUUAUUCAAAAUUUCGUCUUGGUACCUAAAUAUCUAACUUAUUGGAUGUACGGCAGUUAAUUUGAAAUGGAAAUUGGAUCU